AUGGCUGGUAUUGGCAAGACCACCCUUGUGGAUGCUGUAUUUCACAGGCAGUCCUCUAAAUUUGAAGCUUGUUGUUUUCUUGCAAAUGUUAGGGAGAAAUCAGAACAAACGGGUGGACUAAAUCAGUUGCUAAAUAAACUUGUUUGUAAGAUAUUAAAGGACAAAGAUAUAACCAUCGACACUCUGUCUGUAGGACAAACUUCUAUUCAAGCUAGGCUCAGGCGUACAAAGGCGCUCAUUGUUCUUGAUGAUGUGAAUGCUUCAAGCCAACUAGAAGUUCUUGUUGGUGACCAUGAUUGGUUUUGCCAAGGCAGUCGAAUCAUUAUAACUGCUAGAGAUAAAGGCGUUCUUGAGGAAAAAGUUGAUAAUGAAAAGAUAUACGAGGUUGAGGGAUUAAGUUUCAAUGAAGCUCUUCAGCUCUUUCAUUCUCAUGCUUUCAAAAAUAAGUCCCCAACUACAGAUUAUACUGAGUUGUCAAAAGAGGUGGUAGAAUAUGUUAAAGGCAUUCCAUUAUUUCUUAAAGUUAUGGGGUCCUCAUUCUUUCGUUGCAAGAGCAAACAAGAGUGGGAAGAUCAAUGGAACAAAUUGAAACGAUUUCCAAGUGAAGAAAUCACGAAAGCUUUGAGAGUAAGUUACGAUGGAUUAGAAGAAAAUGAGAAGGAGAUAUUUCUUGAUAUAGCAUGUUUUCAUAAGGACGAGAAUAUUGAUGAUGUAAAAAGAAUGUUAUGCAUUCGUGGUUUCUAUGGGGAAGUCGGAAUCAAAAUCCUCAUUGAUAGGUCUCUCAUAUCAAUUUGGGAAGGAUGGAUAGAGAUGCAUGAUUUGCUGCAAGAAAUGGGAAGGGCAAUUGUUCGCGAACAAUGUAUUGAAGAACCCGGAAAACGCAGUAGGUUGUUCAUUGCAGAGGAUGUCUAUCAUGUGUUGACAAAUAACCAGAGAGCUGCAACUGUUCAAGCCAUAUUCUUUGACUGGUCUAAGAUUGAAAAGCUAAACUUGAAUCAUGCAAAUUUCGAAAAAAUGUAUCGACUGAGAUGGCUACGUGUCAAUUACCCUCUUCUCAAGAACAUCACAUUAAUCGAUUCUCUUGAUCUUCCAAAUUCUCUUAGUUAUCUUGAAUGGGAGAGAUAUCCUUUGAAAUCUUUGCCAUCCAAAUUUUCUCCUGAAAAUCUUGUUGAGCUUCAUAUGCCGUUCAGCGAAGUUGGGGCUCAACUUUGGAAUAAAGACCAGAAUCUUAUCAACUUAAAAGUGAUCAGUCUUCGUUCCUCCAAUCAUCUAACUGAAGUUCCAAAUCUCUCUCAGAGUCAAAAAAUUGAGUGGAUAGAUCUUUAUGACUGUAACAGAUUGGUUGAAAUUCCUUCGUAUUUUAAAUAUCUUAACAAGCUUACAAAUCUUGAACUUGGGCGGUGCAGAAAGCUCAAAACUCUUCCGGAUAUGCCAUGUAAUGUUGAAUUCUUAGAUUUAUCUAAGACAGCAAUAGAGGAAUUGCCUUCAUCAGUUUGGUCUCACGAAAAAAUAUCUGAGCUUGAUAUUAGAUAUUGUAGAGACCUUAAGAGUCUUCCAAGCAGCAGUUGUAAGCCGAAUAUGUCAGGUACUUUUAGUCUAUGUGGCUGCAAAUCUCUUUGCGAGUUUCCGGAGCUUCCCAGGAAUACAACAGUGCUAGAUUUGAGUAAGACAGGAAUAAAAGAAUUGCCGUCAUCAAUCAAGUUUGUCUUUGGUCUCACUACAAUUGAACUGGUCGCUUGCAAAAGCCUUGUGAGUCUCCCAAUGAACAUAUGGAAUUUGAAAUCUUUGGAGAGCCUUGAUCUCAGUCGUUGCUCUAACUUUAAACACUUGCCAAAAAUCUCAGACCCUAUGGAACAUCUGGAGAAUCUAAAUUUAUCAGGUACAGCAGUUGAAGAGCUACUGCCAUCAGUUGGAAAUCUAGUUGCACUUAAAUAUUUAGUUCUCCACAAGUGCAAGAACCUUGAGGUUGUCCCAAACAGCAUAUACAAUUUAAGCAAUCUUAAAACUCUCUGGUUUAAUGGCUGUUCGGAACUGAAGAAAUUGCCUCCCGUCUCAGUGGACCGAGUCGGAUUGGUAUCUCUGGAAGCACUAAACCUCGCUAAGUGCAGUAUACUAGAAAUCCCUGAUGGCCUUAUCUGCUUAACCUCAUUACAAGAGUUAAAUCUGAGAGAGACCAACAUUAAGAGCAUACCUGCAAGCAUCAAACACGCUGCUCACCUGUCUCGCCUUUUCUUAACCGAUUGCAAGAGCCUUGAAUCUUUACCAGAGCUCCCCCCAUUGUUGCAACGUCUUGAAGCACAUGGUUGCACAUCACUGAAGACAGUCUCAAGUUCAAGCACUGCACUCGCACAAGGUUGGGGCGAAUAUAUAUUUUAUCCAGGGCUUCAUGAGAAAUAUAUAUUUUCUAGUUGCACAAAGUUGGAUCAGAAUGCACGAAGCAACAUAAUGGUUGAUGCACAGCUCAGAAUUAUGCGAAUGGCAACUGCGUGGUCAAAGUUCAAAGAAGAAAAAAUUGAACAAGCAUCAUACGAUUCAGAUGAUGAUUAUGAUUCAGAUGAUUAUGAUUCACAGGAUUAUGAUUCAGAUGAUUAUGAUUCACGGGAUUAUGAUUCAGAGGAUGAUGAUAUGAUUAAGCACAGAUUCUUGGGUUUCGCUCUAUCGCUUGUUAUUGCAUUCAACAAGGAUGGCGCUGAAUUCUUUAUGAAGAUUAAUUGCAAGUACAACUUCAAAACUAGUAAUGGUGAAAGCCAUGAAAUCAACCAUCCUUUGCAUCCGUUUACGAAUUUUGGAAGCUCAGAGCUCUAUCAGGUGUAUGUGUGGUGGUAUAAUAAUGUAUUUGAAGAAGUUGUAGAGGGAGCUCAAAUCCCCACUGCGUUUUACAAACUUGUUACUGAGGUCUGUGUUGACUUCAGCGUACUGGGUUUUGCCAACAAACCCUAUUCGGAGGAGGAGUUGGAGGUGGAAAAGUGUGGGAUUUGUUUGUUGUAUGCCCAAGAUGCUGAGAGCAUAAAGAAGAGGAUUUUGUAG